AACAAGGGGUGCGCCGGGUCCCUCGGCCUUCCGCUGCCACGCAAGAGAAUGGAGCUCCACAAUGUGAGUAACUCACUCAACUUCACCCUCCCUCCCAACUUCGGCAAGCGCCCCACUGACAAAGCCCUGAGCGUCAUCCUGGUGUUCUUGCUGCUCAUCAUCAUGCUCUCGCUGGGCUGCACCAUGGAGUUCAGCAAGAUCAAGGCUCACUUCUGGAGGCCCAAGGGGCUGGCCAUCGCCCUGAUAGCGCAGUAUGGCAUCAUGCCCCUCACCGCCUUUGCACUGGGCAAGGUCUUCCAGCUCAACAACAUCGAGGCACUGGCCAUCCUCGUCUGCGGCUGCUCCCCUGGGGGGACCCUGUCCAACAUCUUCAGUCUGGCCAUGAAGGGGGACAUGAACCUCAGCAUCGUGAUGACCACCUGCUCCACCUUCUGUGCCCUGGGCAUGAUGCCCCUCCUCCUGUAUAUCUACUCCAGGGGGAUCUACGCCGGGGACCUGAAGGACAAGGUCCCCUAUAAAGGCAUUGUGGUAUCGCUAGUCCUGGUUCUCAUUCCCUGUGCGGCUGGGAUCUUCCUCAAUGCCAAACGGCCACAAUAUGUACCCUAUGUCAAGAAGGGAGGGACAAUCAUCAUGGUUUUGUUAAGUGUGGCCAUCACAGCACUCUCAGUCAUCAACGUGGGCAAGAGUAUCAUGUUUGUCAUGACGCCGCACUUGCUGGCCACCUCCUCCCUGAUGCCUUUUGUCGGCUUCCUGCUGGGCUACGUCCUCUCUGCUCUCUUCCGCCUCAAUGGAAAGUGCAGGCGCACCGUCAGCAUGGAAACCGGAUGCCAAAACGUUCAACUCUGCUCUACCAUUCUCAAUGUGACGUUCCCCCCCCAAGUCAUUGGGCCACUUUUCUUCUUCCCUCUCCUCUACAUGAUUUUCCAGCUUGGAGAAGGGGUUCUCCUCAUCUCCAUUUUUCGUUGCUAUGAAAAAAUCAAGCCUUCCAAGGAUAAAACAAAAAUGAUCUACACAGCUGCUCCAACUAAAGAAACUAUUCCAGAAGCCCUAGGAAACGGCACCCACAAAGGGGAGGAGUGCUCCCCUUGUACAGCCUAGCUCCCCCAAUGUACUGGAUUCUGGUCUGAGGGUCAUUCAGAAGCCAGUGUGAUAGAGAGCAAACAGAGAAAAGGAAUACCAGAGACGGAGUCUCUCUCCUGAACUGCCAGCAGAAACUACCAGAGCCGACAAACCUCGCCUGGCGGGAGCACAGAUGAGUCUACCUAAAGAGCCUCGCCCAAACCCCCAGUAUCCAAGUUGAUACCUGUUUAAAAAACAAAAACUUGUGGGUGCCUGGGUGGCUCAGUGAGUUACGUGUCCAACUCUUGACUCUAGCUCAGG